CUAUUCCUUUCCUUCCCCCUCACUUCUUCUUCCUCCUCCUCCACUCCGCUCUGCUCUCCUCACUCCUCUCUUCUCCAUCCAACGCCUCAAUCUCAUAGCCAUAGCCAUAGCCAUACAUACAAACAUAGGGAGAGGGAGUAUCUACGCUUCUUUAUCAUUGGUGCUAGCUCUUCUCGUCGAGAAAGCACACAAAGCAGCGUGCUUGUACCGGUUGUAUGCCUGCUUGGUCAGCGAGGGGGCUGCUGGUGGUGGUCGCGCUUAGUCAGCGGUGGUGGCAUAGCUGACUGCGCCCGGCGAUGUCGGGAGCUGACCGGCUAAGCAUCCGCGCGGCGGCGCUGGCGCUCGAUGACGGUGGGAGGGACAAGCCGGACACAAAGCAGGAUGUUUUCGCGGAUCUUGGCUCGCCGGUGUCGCCGCUGCGGCUGCGGCCGGGCGCUGCGGCCACGCCCUCGUCGUCCUCGUCGUCCGCUGGCUCGGCCAAGUCGCCCGCGCUGUGCAAUGCUGCCGGUGGGGUCGGUAGGGGAGGAGGCCCGGGGAGCCACUCGGGCGAGCUGGUGGCGGAAGGUAACCCGCCGCGGCCGCCGGGGCACCGCCGCUCCGGAUCUGGGCCUCUGAUUUUCUCCGGCGGAAGCAGCAGCGCCGGGAGCGGAGGAGGCGGUUGCGGUGGCGGGAGCACGGCGAGCUCGCCGCUGACCAAUGCGUUGCCCACAGGUAACAUCUGCCCGGCCGGCCGCGUCGCGAGCGCGGCGCCUGCGCCGCCCAGACGCGCCCGCCCCGACGUGCUUGGAUCCGGCACCGGCCACUAUGGCCAUGGCAGCAUCAUGAGGGGCGGUGGCGGCAUGGCUCCCGCAAGAUGCAGCAUUGACGCCAGUCCGUUCCACGGCAACUUGUCGAGGUCGGCGGCGAGCUGCCCGGCACCGCAAGGCAGUAGCGGGAGUCUGCAGGAGUUGACCCGGGCCGGGAACGAGUGGUACAAGAAGGGCCACUACGGCGAGGCGCUGCGGCACUACGACCAGGCCGUGGCGCUCUGUCCGGACAGCGCCGCGUGCCGCAGCAACCGCGCCGCCGCGCUCAUUGGGCUCGGCCGCCUCGCCGAAGCGCUCCGCGAGUGCGAGGAGGCCAUCCGCCGUGACCCGGCGAGCGGCCGCGCGCACAGUCGCCUCGCCGCGCUAUGCCUCCGGUUUGGGAUGGUUGAGAGGGCAAGGAAGCACUUUAUGUUAGCUGGGCAAGCAAAUCAGUCAGACUCUGCUGAAUUUCAAAGGCUCCAAGAGAUGGAAAGACAUCUGGGGAGAUGCAUGGAUGCAAGGAAAACCGGAGACUGGAAAAGCGCGCUAAGGGAAGCAGAUGCAGCCAUUGCCAAUGGAGCAGAUUCCUCUCAACUGCUUCUUGCCUUGAGGUCAGAAGCACUUCUCCGGCUCAACAAACUAGAGGAGGCUGAUUCAACUAUUACAAGCUUGUUGAAACUGGACAGCGCAUCACUAUCGUCAAUGUCAACUAAACUAUCAGGCAUGGUAGCUGAUUCUUAUGUUCAUGUUGUCCAAGCCCAGGUCAACAUGGCUUUUGGAAGGUUUGACACAGCCAUUACCAUGGCGGAGAAGGCUAGGAUUAUCGAUCCUGGAAAUACGGAGGUUGGAAGGAUUACAAAUAACAUUAGGUUAGUUGCACAAGCUCGAGGACAGGGAAAUGAGCUUUUUAAGGCAGGCAAAUUUGCUGAGGCAUCUAUAGCCUAUGGUGAAGGGCUCAAAUAUGAGCCCUCAAAUCCAGUAUUGUACUGCAAUCGAGCAGCUUGCUGGUCAAAGUUAGGCCAUUGGGUGAAAUCUGUUGAAGAUUGCAAUGAGGCCCUGAAAAUUCAACCUGGUUACACAAAGGCUCUCUUGAGACGUGCAGCAUCCUACGCAAAGCUUGAGCGCUGGGCUGAUUGUGUGCGGGACUAUGAGGUGCUACGUAAGGAGCUUCCUAGUGACACAGAGGUUGCAGAGUCAUUGUUCCACGCUCAAGUUGCACUGAAGACAGCACGCGGUGAGGAGGUAGCAAAUAUGAAGUUUGGAGGAGAGGUUGAGACAGUUACCAGCAUAGAGCAACUCCGAGAUGCUAUACAUUCACCUGGAGUAUCUGUUGUUUACUUCAUGGCAACGAUGAAUCCACAGUGUCAACAGAUUACCCCAUCUGUGGACUCUCUGUGCUCCGAGUGCCCUUCAGUGAAUUUUCUUAAGGUAAAUGUUGAUGACAGUCCUAUGGUAGCGAGAAUGGAGAAUGUGCGCAUAGUCCCGACCUUCAAGAUAUACAAGGACGGUGCAAGAGUGAAGGAGAUGAUCUGCCCCAGCUUACACAUCCUGCGCUAUUCAGUCAAGCAUUAUGCUGUCUCCAGUUCUUGAGAUGCAGGCAUGCUUGUUGUUAGAGAGAAAUAAGGGGCUGCAGAUUGGUUCUUUUUUCAUUACAUGUACAUAUACCAUAUAGCAAAAACAUGAAACCAAUUGGAAGAUUAAUUCUAUGGAGGAAUGGUGGUACCACUUUGCAGUGGACAGAAGUACAGUGCUAGUUGCCAUUGUAGAGAGAAGAUAGAUGAAGAAAGACAAUGUAAUUGGUAGGGAGGUAACGAGGGAGGUUGUUGAUUUCUCUUGCAUAUGUAUGCCUCUGGUGUGUCUGUGGUGCUGAUACAUAUACUACUUGCUGACAUUUUUAUGAAUAAAAAUAGCCCGACAUUCUUUCUUA